AUGCCUCCAAAGCGUAAGAGAAACGACCGGGGUCCCAACGACGCUGGUCUUUCCAGGCCUGCUCCUCAUCGGCCUGGCGAUAUGACGCUCAGCCAGCACGAGCGAAGCUUCGACGGCCUCCGCAGAGGUCCUCCCAGAAAUGCCCGUCGCGGCGACCGUCGCGACUCGUACACCCCUAACUCAUCUACUAACGCAUCGGCACCCGUCUCGCCAUCGCUUCCUAGACCCCCGAGCUCAUCCUCAUCGAUGGCUGCACCUCCUCCUCCAGCCCCUCCUCAACCGCCGCCAGCUCCCGCGGUGACCCCAGCACCCGCCACAUCAACACCAGCUCCAGCUUCUAUGCCGGCCCCCCCGCCCCCGUCAUCAUCAGCUCCUGCAGCUGCCUCUACUCACAUCCCCUACGUCUACGAAUACACCAUAAUUACCGACGAUCACUUAAGUAGAUGGACGAAGGGCGCGCGACAGGAAAUUAUCGACCACGGCAUUCAGUCACGCGACGACGAGGACCUGACCGAGGUCGCCAUGAUCUUCCAGGAGCUUAUCCAUUCCGUCACAGACGGCCGCCUGCCGGGUGCGGAGGCUGGCGGCGUGGUCAAGGAGAUCCUUGGCCCUGAAAUUUCGGAAGAGGAUCGUAAGAAUGGCGCCUUCGACCCGCACACCCUGUUCCUCGACACCGUCUCGACCUUCGUCGACGUCGAGUCAGGGCCGCUGCAUCCCCAGCUACGCGACUUCAUGAUGGCUACCGAGGUGUCGCCGGCUUUGAUGCGUGUCGUCCUGGACCCGGAAAUCCUCCAGCACCUGGAUCUUAUCCGGAGUACCUUCGUACGGAUGGGUAUCCGUAACUCGACAAAUCUUCUCUAUCGCCAGGCCAACUACAACCUGCUGCGCGAAGAGACCGAGGGUUUCUCGAAGCUGGUCACCGAGUUAUUCACCACGAGCAAUUCCGAGCCGCCGUCUUCCGAGGUCGUGCAGGCCACGUUCAACAGGGUUAUGGGCCUGAUUGGUACCUUCGACCUGCACCCCGGCCGCGUGCUCGACGUGACGCUCGACGUCUUUGCGUCCGUCCUCAUCAAGCAGUUCCGCUUUUUCAUUAAGUUCCUGCGCAUCAGCUCCUGGUGGCCACGUAGCCAGCUCCAGAUGCGCACCGACGUCUUCACUGGAGGCCUGCCCAUCUGGGCCCUCCCCGACCAUUACGGCUGGACCGCAACCGAGGAGGAAGAGGCUGCUCUGGAGCAGCAGCGUCUGCAGCGCGACAUUGCCUUUUGGGAUCGCGCCCGUGAUCUAAAGCUCAAGGCCUUUUUCGAGCUGGGUGGUCGCCAGCUCCUGCCAUCGGAUGAAGAGCGCGCAAGGAGUGACGUCUCGGACGACGACGUGAGCCCUGAGAAUGCCAUUGAGCGCGAGUGGAUCAAGAUUACACAGACUCGCCCGCCUCCUGGCAACCGAGACGCCGCCCAGAUGCUGGGUUUCAAGCUGCGCUUCUACACUUCUGAGUUCCGCAAUGCUGAGGAUACCCUCCCAGCAAACCUGCUCUACUUGAUCGCUUUGCUCAUCAAGGUCGGCUUCAUCUCGUUGACAGAUCUCUGGCACCACAUUUGGCCCCUCGACGAGGACAUGGAGCGCGUCAAGGCCCAGAGGUUCAAGGAGCUCGAGGAGAAGGAAAAAGCCAACCGCCCUGGUGGUGAGAAGAACGCACUCACCAUGGCGGGUGCCCUCCCUGACGACAUGCCCCCUCCCCCGAGCAACAACCGCCGCGAGGCCGAGGCUAAGAAAGAGCCUGAGACCAAGAAAGAAGAACAAGCCGAGGAGAAGCCCAAGCUGCCUGAGCCAAACGACCAAAAGGUUGACCUGCUCAGGUGCUUGCUCACGAUCGGCGCCCUGCCCGAGUCUCUCUUCAUCAUCGGUCGGCACGACUGGCUCUUGGAAGGCUACCCGGACAUCAUCCCGCUGUUCCAUCGCAUCAUUCACCACUCCAUCGAAAAGGUCUACCAGGAGACCCAGCCCAGGGCUACCAUGUCAAUGGACUGUGGCAUGAAGAAGCUCCCGGACAUCGACCAGUCGGGCGUGCCCAAGGGCAGCGUCAAGCUGACUACCCCGAUCGUCCGGCGCGCUCUGCGCUGGCCCUUCCCGGACAAGGCUGAUGUUAGCGACGGCCCUUCGUACCGCUUCUACUGGGACGAGUGGGCCGACAACGUGCCAGUCUGCCAGACUGUCGACGAUGUGUUCACGCUCUGCGACACCCUCGUUAAUGUCAUUGGCGUCCACAUUGGCCAGGACGCCUCGCUGGUGGCCAAGCUCGCCGGCAUCGGCUGUAAGAGCCUUGCUGACGACCCCUCGCCUGCCAACAUGAACCGCUGGUUGGACCUCCUCAAGCGCCUGCUGGUCCCGGCGCUGAGCCUGAGCGAGACCAACUCGUCCAUCGUCGAGGCUGUCUGGAGUUUGCUGAAGCAGUACCCGAUCAAGACCCGCUACGGCGUGUACGCUGAGUGGUACGAGGGCCAGACCUCGCGCCUUGAGCCCAUCCGCAAAGCCUUCCACCGCACGCGCCUGGAGACACUGAGCAAGUUGAAGCGCUUGUCCCUGACAAACAUCCCGCAGAUGGCCAAGGCGCUGGCCAAGAUCGCUUACCCGUCUCCUGGCAUCGUCUGCAAGGUCGCGCUGGCGCAGAUCGAAUCAUACAGCAACCUGAUCGAGGCCUUCGUUGAGUGCGCCAAGUACUUCACUGAUCUAGGCUACGACGUGCUCGUCUGGUCUGUCCUGAGCUCGCUCGGUGGUCAACAGCGCAGCCGCACGCAGGAGUCGUCGGUGCUGCUGACCAGCAAGUGGCUGCAGGCGCUGUCACGCUUCUCCGGCAAAGUCUUUGCGCGCUAUCCUAACAUGGAUGCUUCCCCUGUCCUGCGCUACGUCCACAGCCAACUGUUGAGAGGUAACUCGACCGACCUCGUCAUCCUGAAGGAGCUGAUCGGCUCCAUGGGUGGUAUCGUGCCCGACGUCGACUUUACUGAUGCUCAGCUGCGCGCCAUGACAGGCGGCGAGCUGCUACGCCGCGAGACGCUGGUCAACCUCGGCGACCAGCGCGCUGUCUCGGUCAAGAGUGCCGCUCGCCUCAUGAAGGCCCUCUCGCGUUCGAACUUGGCUGCUCAGCUGCUCAUCAACAUUGCCCAGUACCGGCAGAAUGCCAUCUACAACACGGCCGACGCCAGUGCCCAUAUCAAGUACCUGUCUGCCAUCGUCGAUGACACUCACCAGAUCCUUUCGCAAUACCUCGACCUGCUUCGCAGCAAUCUUGAUCCUGAGACGUUCGACAAGCUCGUUCCCGACAUCAUCCAACUCAUCAAGGACUAUGGUCUCGACGUCAAUCUCGCGUUCAUGAUCCGCCGUGCAAGCAUCCGGUGGGAAAUUAAGGGUACUGCUACUACCUCGACUCCGACCAAGGACGCAACUACAAAGCCCGUUACCGAUAUCGACGGUGACGUUGCUAUGGAGCCUGCGCCUGCGGAGAAUGCCACACCGGAAGCGAAAGAUGAAUCAGCUGCCGCGUCACAAAAGUCUAGCGGUCGCCCCGAGUCACUGUCCGAGGCGCUGGCGCCCCUUAUCGAGCAGAUCCCCAGCGUCCUGCCGCGGCAGACGUGGCAGUACAUCACGCCUGCUGGCUAUGUCUUUUUCUGGUCUUUGCAGCUGGGGAACCUGGUCUUCCCGCAGGAUAGCUACCUUGCCGAGGGUGCCAGGCUCAAGAAGCAGGCCGAAGAGGUUAUGAGGGACCGCAGCGAUAUGACGCGCGCCGGUAUGAACAAGAAGACGCGUAAGCGUGACGACAUCCUCGAUCGGCAGAAGGCCCUGCUGCAGGAGGCCAACGAGGGCAUCACGCGCUUCUCCAAAGCGCGCCUGCACAUCGGCCGGCAGGUCGCCAGCUGGUUCCCUGCCGACAUCUCCAAGGCCGAUCAGACGGCGGAUACGCUGCUGGAGGAAUGCAUCCUGCCACGCUUGCAGCUCGGCGCGCUUGACGCGGAGUACUGCUUCCGCUUGAUCAAGUUCUUGCACGAAUUUUCGGCUCCCAACUUCAAGCUCAUGUCGCUCUACGACCGUCUCUUCAACCACAACAGACUGCGGGCCAUGAUCUUCACGUGUACCGUGCGCGAGGCCGAGCAUCUGGCUCGCUUCUUGCGCCUUAUCCUGGCCGAUCUAUCCAAGUGGCAUGGCGACAAAAGCGCGUACGAGAAGGAGGCGCUUGGCCUCAAGGAUCUCCAGGGCACCAAGACGCGGCACUACCUCGGCUUUGCCACGGCUUUCGAUGCUGAUGGCAAGCCGACCGAGUUUGUCGAGCACGAUCCGUUCAAGGAGAUGCUGUUCCGCUGGCACAAGGAGCUCAACAGCGCCCUGAGGUCCUGCUUGAACGGCUUGGAGUGGAUGCACAUCCGCAACGCCAUUACCAUCCUCAAGGGCGUCAUCGACUACUUCCCUGCCAUCAACUUCAUGGCCGAGAAGUUCCUGGAACAGCUCAAGACCAUCACGGAACGCGAGGCGGCCUCCAAGAACGCUCCCGAGAGCGAGCAGCAGGGCCACCGCGUCGAUCUGUCAGUCACGGCGCAGACUACAUACUCGGAGUUGCAGAAACGCCGCUCGAAAUGGAUCCUCGUCCAGGCGUUCCGGUCAGGUGUAGUAAGUGCUCCGGCUACAUCUGCUCGUGCGCCAGCCUCUGGGCCGCCGCCCCCUUCUGACCAGCCACAGAAGACCGAUGCCAAAGAAAACAAGGACGAGGACCGGCCCUCUACCACUGCCAGCUCUACGCUCAGGGCCGCGGCGCCCGAGUUCAAGCCCGACGGCGCCGCGCGCUCGCAGCAACAAAGCGAAGUCGAAGACGGAGAGGUCAAGGAUAUCAAAGCGCCUGCGAGAAGCAGAGAGCCACCAGCCGGCUUGCCCAAGCCCCCGCCGUCCCGGGAGCAGCCGUCACGAGAUGCUGGUACCUCGUCUCAGAGACCUGGCACGCCAGCGACGGCCCCUUCGAAGCCACCAACGCCAGCCCCUGCUGCCUCAUCUGGUCGUCCCGAGCCGCCCAAAUUCUCGACUCUUCCUCCUGGCGGCCACGGUCUGCCCAACCGACCUGAGCUGCCCAGCCGGCCCGAACCCAUCCCUCGGUUUGGCCAGGGCCGUCACGAUCGCCGAGAUAUUCCCAUGCGCGACAGCCGUGAUUAUCGUGACAGCAACAGAGACCCCAGAGACCCGAGAGACCAGCACCCUCGCGACAUGCGCGAGCCCCAUGGCGGUCGGGACAGCCGAGACUACCGUGGACCGCCACCAGAACCGUCAAGACUCGAUAGGCCUCGUGACUUGCCGCCGCUGGACAGGCGUCCCCCCCCUCCCGAGCCUAGCUCGCGCGAUGGCGGUUGGGGUCCGUCUAGAGGCGAGCCGCCGCGUUGGCAUGAUCACGGCCCGCCGCCGGAUCGUGAUAACCGCGGCCCGCGCGAGAGACUUCCUCCCCCGAGCUCGAGCCGACCCGACUCCAGACCGUCUAGGGAAGCCCCCAAGGAGCCGGCUCCCGCUCCUGCUCCCUCAGCUCAGAACUCUCCACAAGAGCCUCCAAUCAACCCCGACCGUGCACGCAUCAUCGAGGCUGACCGCCCGGAAAUUAUAAAUCCCGCCCGCGCCGCCUUGAUCAAUGAGUCGUCACGGGAGCCUCCGUCGCGCUCGCCUAGAGAUCAUCCACCUCGUGACCAGCCUUCGCGGGAGAGGCCCCCACGUACCGAGUCGCCCAGACGCAGCGAUAGGGACCGCGAUCGCGACCGCGACCGCGACCGUGACCGUCAGCCCCCGAGUGCCCCGCAGCAGGAGAGUGCCCGCGAUAGUCGCGACGAUCGCCACAGCCGUCAUCGUCAUUCCGAUCGUCCUGGCACGCCACGCGAGGCUCAUGAGCCGCCUGUUUCGCAUGCCCAUCCGCGCCCGGAGCGCGAUAGGAACCAAGAGCGUGAGGAGAGGAUGCCGCCGCCGCCGCCGCCACCACCAAGAGACCAGCCAUACGGUGGCCCGCCGUCUCGUUCUGACCACGACCAUCCAGGCAGGCUGAACCAGCAAGACCCUAAUUAUGGCCGGCUCAACCCUAUUCCGACUGUCGACGUCGGCGGCGGUCCUCCUUCGGGCCCGCGCGGCCGCGGUGGUAGGAAUGCCACCCGCCCUGGACCCGUCAAUGGUCCCCCUAUGCGCCCAUCCGACCCUCGCUUCCCUAGCAUGAUGGAGCCCAUGCGUCCCCCCAGCCCAUCCGAGCGGCACCCACCUACUGGUCCGUCUGCUUCAAGACCGCCUAGGAGAGGACAGUACGACAGUAACCCCAACAUGCACUCUCCUCCGACUAGCGUGCCUGCCGGUCCUGGCGUUCACCCUGAUAGGAUGCGACACAUGCAGCAGGGUAUGCCCCCAAGCGGCCCAUCCGGCAUCCAUCCUGACCGUCUUAGCCACAUUUCUGGUGGAGGCCAGCCCACAGGCCCUGCAGGCCCUCACUCGCGCGGUCCUCCCCCGAUGUCGACUCCCGACCGGCCCAGCAUGUCUGCUCCUGGAUCUGGAUCUGGAUCUGGAUCUGGAUCUGGAUCACGGCCUGCCCCAACGGGACCUAGCAACGAUUUCCCUGCUUCGACGCCCACUGGUCCGGCAGCUGGCAACACCAUGAAUGAUAGGCUGCGGUCUGGUGGCAGACAGCUGCGCGGCAUCCAGAAUACCCUCGACAAGGCAGCGGCAGCGGCCGCGAGCCCGGAUCCCAGGUCCCUGCGCAUGUCUCAGCGCACAUCUAGGCAGAGCCUUGCCGGUUCAGAUGCGCAGAUCCUGGCUGGUGGUGCCGGAACGUCACCGGUGUCAACGCCUACUCAUGACAGGCCGCCACAAGAUCAUCCUCUGCGGGAGUCGACUCGCUCGGAUCGUGGUCCUCCGGGCCCGCCGACUAGCUCAGGCAGAGGUGAGCCAAUGCCGCUGACCAUGUCGAUCCAGGUUGCUCCCGAUUCGAGAGAGAAUACCUAUAAGGACAGGGAUCGCGCCGAUAGGGAGCGUCAGGACCGCGAGCGUGACCACCACGGUCGUAAUGGCCCAGCUGGACUGGUCAACGGGGCUCAAGAGGAGUACGCCGCCAGCCGGAGCGAGCAUGAGAGGGCUCGGCGUGAGCAUCAUCGGUCUUCGGGCUUGGCUGGUAGCGCGACAGCACCAGAGGGUCCUUCUCGCGGCAGCGGUGGUAGCAGCGGUGCACGCUCAUCCCGGCGUAGUAGUCGUGAGCGUGGGGAGCGCGAGCGUGAACGCGAACGCUCGCCGGUUAGGCCGUCAGAGAGGGGUGAGAGGGAACGUGAGCGUGAGCGGGAGAGGGAGAGGGACCGGUCUGAGCGUGAACGGGGCGGUGAAAAGGAAAGAGAUCGUGAGAGGGACAGAGAGAGGGAGAGGGACAGAGACCGUGGUGACCGCGAAUAUCGUGAUCGCAACGAGCGGGAGAGAGAUCGCGAGCAUCACCACCGCGAUCGUAGUGGCGCAAGGGAUGAGCGGCCGGAGCGCUCCGAGCGUCGAUCUGGACGCGAGCCUGCUCCAUCCGGUGGUCCAGUAAGGGAUCUGCUUGCCCCUCCGCCGCGAGAACCCCGUGAUGGAAGCGGCCAUCGCAGCGGGAGCCACCAUCGCGAGGGGUCCAGUUCCCGAAUGAGUGAGGAUUAUCCUCCCGCUCGAUCGUCUCGCGGUGCCCCUCCCACGAGUGUUCCUCCUCCUCCUCCUCCUCCUCCUCCUCCUCCUCCCCCGCCCGGUCCUCCCAGGGAGCCGAGAGAGUUGAGGUCGAGAAUGGGCGGUGGUAUGCCGCCAGAUGAUCAUCAUGGUCAUCGCGGAGGUGGCGAUGACAGGAAUAACAGGAAGAGAAGGGGCGAGGGCCCGCCGAUGGAGGUUUCUGGGCAUGGGCAUGGACAUGGUGGACAUGGAGGACAUGUAGACAAGCGGCCUAGGCGUUAG